AAAAAAAAUUCUUAAAAAAAUGGAAGUUUUCGAAAAAUUUCAAUGUGGUUGUAAAUGCGGUUGCUGCUGCGUUUGUGGUUGUAAACAAAAUCCUCAGAUACUAUUUCCAGUAGCGUCUUAUCAACCUUACCAAACUAUCGUUCAGUCGAAUGUUGGAUAUGAAAACCAAAACUUUAGCAGUGAAAUCAGUGAAAUUGAUUUACAUGGAAUAAAUGCUCAAAUUAAUUUACAAAUAUAUAAUGAAAUAAAUCGUCAUAAUAAUCAUCAUAUGAAUAAAAAUAACGAAUGGUCAAACGAAACGAUCACGACCAACAUCAAUACAAAUUCAAAUUUUAUUGCAGAAUCAUUAAAUCAUGAUCAUCUUAAUGGCAGAGCAAAUACGAACAAAAGAAAAAAAAAAUAUAAAAAUAACUUAAAUAAUCCAAAUAAUCCAUAUUAUAACGUUCGUGCCGAAAAUAUUAAAAAAAAGCAAUUUACAUUCAACUUGUAUUGUUUACCUUAUGGGGAUUUAUCACCAAAGAUUCCAAGAAAGACUGCAGAAUUGCGUAGCGCCGGUUUAAUAAAGGGAUUAACCAUUUCCAAUGAUGAUUUAAAUGACAAAAUCAAAAAUGCGAUUGAAGAAUUAUUCCCAUGUUUGAAAGGUAAAACCUGGAGAUUCUUUCGCUGUAAGACAACAUCAGACCUUGAAGUCGCCAACGAACCAGAAAUCGGAUGGAAUGCCGGUGCAUUAAAAAUGUUGAAAAAAGCAUUAUUUCAAAUAUUAUAG